UCAGAAGGUCGCCCCCUCCUGCUUGAAACAGAGGCAUGCCGCCAGCCAGCGGCAGCAUGAACAGAGCCAGCAGCAGUCGUCCUCUUCCUUCUCGUUCCCAUCACCACCGCCACCGGGAGGGCUGGGAACACGGUGCACGAGCUGCUGAAGGAAACACACAUACACGUACGUCUGAGUGGAAUCGUUAUAUGCUCUCAAUUAGUCGUUUCGUACGUAGGGGGCAUAGGCGGCCAUCAGGGGGCAGUGCAUCCGUGGCUGCACGACGAAAACGACCACCAACAGAUACAUCCAUCCAUCCAUCCAUUCCUCCGUCCGUCCGUCCGUCCAUUCGUCCGCCCCUUUCCUUGACAUUUUCUAUGUACCUGGUGGUGCACGACUGGGUGGGCGAACGGCUGGCCAGCUCCUCCCCUCUGAACAGCAUCCACAGAAGCGCACAUGUCACAAGCGCCCUAUGCACCCCCAUCUUUGCAGACGAUCCACCUACCAUCUGCAAAGCAGCAGGGCGCACUCCUCCUCGGGCACCAGCCCGUGCAGCGGCCUGAGCCAAUGGCAGGAUGGAAUCUUCAGAUCCUUCCACCUGCUGCUGUCUCGGUGGCGAGGGGUGCGAAGAGCGUCCUGCACGUGCCUGUGGGACCAAAUGGUCACACACAUAUGACAAAUGUUUCUUCCACACACACCUCUGUCAUCUCCCUACCGCUCGUCGUCGCCGCCGCUCGAUGGAAAUCUGGGCGGCUCUCUGCCACUGAGCACACCACAGAUCCAU